UCAGGUGACGGUCGCUUUCGCUUUCGUUUUCGUUUUCGCUUUCUGUUCUGCGUUCGUUUAAGCGCCAAAAAUAUUUUUUUAAAAACACGUAUACGUAGUGUUGCCAUUGUGGGCAGGUGCAAACUUUACAAUUUGAAUCAAAAUACACACAACUUAAACUUGGAAUAAAACUCAAAUAUGAAUGCAAAGUGGACUUUGCUGGCUCUGAUACUGUGCUGUUGUUUGCUUAGUGAAGCACAGUCUUAUUGCUCGCUGGAUAAAAUGAAGAAAUUCGCGAUGGAGGCAUGCGAGCAUCUCUUCCAGAGGGAUGAGAGCCGUGCUAAACGCUCUGUGGACUACAGUCAAGCUCAUAUGAAUCGUCUUUCAUAUGGCAAAUUGCACAAUAAGCAUCAUCAUCAUUAUAUUGCCAAGAGUACUUAUCCCAACGGUGGCUAUCUCAAGGUCACGCGGGAGCACUUUAAUCGCCUUCUCGAACUGGAUGUUUGGCCACGCUACAAGCCUAAGAAGCCACACCAUGACAAGAAACGUGAGAAGCGCGAGCAUCCCAGCAGUGAUUACAGCAACAUCUCUUACUGCUGCUACUCGGAAUGCAACGAAGAGUUCUUCUGCUAAACGCUUGAGGAGAAUCUAUUACAAACGCUAGUCAGCAACUGAUUCCGUCCCAAGCUCCCAAGUUAUCUUUAGUAUCAUCAUUAUACGCGCGCUCACUCUUAUAGAGUUUACCUUACUGGUACCUUAUUUGUAGUCCCAAACAGCUACAGGACCAUCAAAUCUUGCCACAGUAUUACACAGUAACAUAUUAGUAGAAAUUAUCUAAAUGUAUUAGCAACUUAUAAAAUACAAUGUACUUAAAUCUUAUAU